CGCAUAGAAAAAGAUACGAAACGAAGUAGUGGCACUGUCGUGAGAGACGGAGUUAGGGGGCUUGGAGUUGUUGGAAAGAAAACUGACGUGUCGCUCUCAUUGGAGCUAAUUGAUCGGUUAAUUAAGAGCUGGUAGAAAAGAAAACUGACCGACUAUGCGGCCAUUGUAAAUUUUUCAAUGCUCUAAUCUUUUUAAAUAAGAUUACAGCGAUGUCAAAGAAAAGCGGUAGUAAAAUGUUGGUACAUCAAUUAUCUACCGUUCUGCCAGACGAUAGACCCAUCACUGCCAUUAAUAUUAUUGAGGACAUAGACAAAUGUCCACCAAAUUUUACAGUAGUUUCUAGAACAUACGAUCAAGACACCGAUGCAGAUUUAUGGAGAGAGACCGGAUUGUUUAUCAAAAAGAAAGGUAGAUAUAUAUGUUUUUCCAAGACGGAAGGUUUACCUCAUUGCAUAGUGGAAGAUAUCACAAUUAUCAAUGAACGAGAAAUGCCGCCAGAAGGAUACAGUAUUAUCUCCCAUACCGUAGAUUCCAUGCAGAAGGCAUGGAGGAAGAAACAAUUGUGUUAUAAAAUUAAAAACAAGGAUUUGUGUUCUAAAGCUGUGACGGAUAUAAUUAUAUGUAGUAGAAUUGUACAUAAAGCGUCUAAAAUGGCACCCAACGGUUUUGCUGCAGCCGGCGUUAUAAAUGGAGUAUGCGUUUGUUACAAAACUGUGGAUAUAACGAACGGACAACCAAAUUCUCAAUCGUAUAUUAACAUAGAUAAACUAUUAAUGCAAAAUGCUUCUCCAAAUCCUUCCAAUGGAACGCCUCAUCGAGCACCACCUGAGAGGCCACCCAAACCCAAGUUUUCUCCCAAACCAAAUAAUGGUAUUUAUUCUCAAAUUGGAGCAGCUCUCGUUGGAAAGGAUACAGACGAAUCCAAUGAUAGGGAUUACGAAGUUUUAAGUCCUAGUGCGAGAUUGAGGCCUACGAGACCAGCUCCUCAACCUCCCACCACUUCAGUCAUCGGUUCCACUCCAAUUUAUGGUACACUGCCAGGUUCUUCUGAUUUAGAUGGAGUCCCAUUCGUUCUCAAUCCUCGUCUUAACAUUCAUUCUGAUUCUGCCAUAUAUAAAUUUCCUACAAUCAAAAUGUGGACGCAAAAAGAUUUGGACAAAGAGUUUUGCUACGAUUUUCGUGCAGAAAGAGAAACUUGAAAAUACCAAUGUGCCAAAUUAUUUGUAUGAUAAAGUCAUACAUUUUUUUGUUGUCUAUUCAUCCGUACUGACUAUAUAGUACUAGCCGAGUGUAAUAGA